UUGUGGGCUUCCAACAUAAAACCAAUUGGCAAUGAGUGAAGAGGCCCAUAUAUCUUAUAUACUAGUCAGGAUCCUACUCAAGUUCCAAUGUGGGAUAUUGUAUCCCUAAUACGCUCCCUCGAGAUGAUGGCUCUUCUGGCCAUAGAUCUCGGUAUAUUCGAGCAUGAAUCGGUGAACCAACUAUGGGCCAGACCGAUUGUGGAUUGGGUUGAGUAUGUGCGGACCGGGCUCUGAUACCAUAUUAGAUUGUGGGCUUCCAACCUAAAACCAAUUGGCAAUGAGUGGAAAGGCCCAU